AUGUCACGUUCCGUCUUUCAACAACAGCUAGAGCACCAAAAUGGCCCUCACCAGCCCGACUGUCCUUGUCGGGGGCCAGGAGAAGAUCUAUUGACGUAUAGGCGCCGGCUGAGAAAUGAGAGCUCAGCCAAAAUGGCCGCGGUGAGAGGAGAGAAAUACAAUAAGAUCAAAGACAACGGAAGAAUGACCGACAAGCGUUUUGGGAGUGUCGUCUUUGACACAGAACCUCACGGAUUGGCACAGCCAUAUGAGACACAGGAUUUCAGCGCCGCCGAUCUUGACGCUGCCAUAAGAAAAUAUGGUCAAUGGGGAGAAACCCCCUACAAAGGCUACGGUGUCGUGGUGCAGAAGAUCAUCGGAGCAGGUCGUUUCGGAAUCAUCGCCCUCGUACACUGCCUCAGAGAGGGUGGGGCCAUAGUUCCGUGCGUGUUGAAGCUGGAGAAACACAGGCAUCAUGUUCACGGGACACUUGCACGGGAGGAAUUUGCUCUAAAGAAAUUCAAAGGCGCAAAGCACAUUCUGAAAAUCUUGGACCUCACGGAGAAAAUCAAGGAGGAGAGAUUCGAUGACUCCAAGCUCUACGCGGCAGGCCAGGUAGGCCGGCAACCAGGGCGCGGACCCGGUGACGAGGAACGGGACAAGCUGUGGCACCUCGAGAACUUCGCGCAUCAGCCCAUUCGUAACUUCAUCUUUGUCGAGCAUGCGGCUCAAGGAGAUCUGAACAUGUGGCUGAGUAAAGCCAGCCGUAGCGGGACUCGCUGGCCCGUAAGAGCGAUCUGGAUGCUUUUCAAGAGCCUUGCCCAGGGACUCGCCGGAAUGGGACAUCCUCUGCAAGAACGCUUUGACGGAUCCCGCUCGGAAUGGGAUCCUAACGAUAGCAUCGAAGAGAACCUCCCGGACGACUUCCCCAUGAGCGAGAUGUACCAGCCCCAAUCGACGACUCACUUCGACCUCGAGCCGAGAAAUGUCCUGGCAAGCAGCAGUAUGACAAACGGCAAUAUGCCAGUCUUCAAGAUCGCCGAUUUCGGAUCCGUGCAGUUCUUCAGCCAGAUUGCGAUGCAUAAGCAGUACUUUGACAAGGAGCUCUUCUGGAAGUGUCGCUUCAGCGGGAAGGGCAACUACUUCGCUCCUGAACAAUUCACUAGGCAGUGGGACUUCUUGAAUGUGCAAACACACCUAGCUGACGAUAAUGCCCCCAACCCGUUCGUAGCCGAAGACGGGACCAAGCCUCCACUUGCAGGCAACUACGGCAUGCACUCAAACGUCUUCCAGGUCGGUGUGAUUAUAUGGUGCGCCAUUACUCUCUGCGCGUUCCAACCCCUCACGGCCACGACGUUAACCUUGCCCAACGGCCGUGAAGUCGUUACCUGGGGGGGCGCCCUCCAGCACGGGCGGUUCAACAACGUCGAUAAGCAGCUCAAAUGCCUCGUGCAGCACUGUAUGGCAGAAGAACCCGCCAACCGUCCCUCCCUCGGCGUGCUCAUGCGCACCAUCGAGGACCGGCUUGGUAGCAACGACCUUGAGUCCGAAGUGGUCGUAGCCGACUGGGCGCAUAAAUUCUUCUCCUCGCCCCAGUCCGCCAGAAACGGCGGGCUGAAGAGGGAGUUUCCUGGCGGCGACAGGGACGGUGACGAGGAGGAUGCCAAGAGAUACGCACCCCGGCCCAGGACCGAAGCCCAGCCCAUGAAUCAAAACGUAUUCCAGGAGCCCGCGCAUGCGCUCAACCUGCUCAACCAGCCCGUCGGUAACCAGCAAGGCGGAGUGUCCCUGCAGCCCGCGGCGGCUGACUACCCGGGCCCUUUUGUUGUGAACAAUACCCCCGCCAUCGAUCCCAGGAUCCUCCAGAUGUCUCCGAGGGAACAGAUGCCACCACCGAUUCCGCCAUUCGGCGUGCAGCAAGUUGAUACCUUCACCUUCGGGGGUAACCAGAUGGAGCAGAACACGACUGCGGCAAAUUUCCAGCCGGGCGGAUACUUCAACGUGAACGCACAGUAUGGGGAAAAUCCCUUCCAGCCGCCGAUGCAGCAACAACAACCACAACAACAGAUGCAACAACAGCCGAUGCUGUUUGAUCCGAUGCAGUACAUGUUGCCUUUCAACCAGCCGAUCCAACCCCGACAGAAUCAACCGCAACAGCUAAGGCUACAAUCACAGCAACAGCAGCUCUUUGGGGCGGAUCAAAACCAAGGGCUGCCCGAAGGUGAUCUUUGGUAAUAUGUGUAGACGCGGCGGAGGUGAUGGUCAAGAGCCGAAGGCGCCUGUCUGAUACAAAAACUUGUACGAAGAGCGACUGCGGGCUGGUACUGCUGCUGGCUCAAGAAGCCUACGACCUUGGACAAAAACUCAUCUGAUUUUUCAGGCUAUUCAAGGAAGAAAAAGAGUCCUGUUUCAUUGUUUGCAUAAUAGAUAGGUUCGGCGACGCUCCUGGAAUUUCCUUUGCAGAAACAUUUCAAGACGACCACGUUAGGCUGCGAUUACACGUCCAUAUCCACUAACGAUAAUACUAGUUGAGUCAAUUCAUCGUCGCAGAGCAUUUGCCGAGCCACAUUCCAGGUCUCUAUCCCCCAAUAUUUUUGUAGAGGGAUGCUCGAAGCUAUCGACGAAAUUGAUG